UUGGGCCGCUCCCACGGCAUAUGGAGGUUCCCAGGCUAGGGGUUGAAUCAGAGGUGCAGCCACCUGGCCUACGCCAGAGCCACAGCAACGCUGGAUCCGAGCCGCGUCUGCAACCUACACCACAGCUCACAGCAAUGCCGGAUCGUUAACCCACUGAGCAAGGCUAGGGAUCGAACCCGCAACCUCAUGGUUCCUAGUUGGGUUCCUUAACCACUGCGCCACGACGGGAACUCCCAUCUGAGCCUUUUAUUGUGUGCCCAGGUAUAAGGAAAAUGCCAUAUAGGUCUGCAUCAAAAUCCACAUGGAAGCUAGAUGGAGGGAGAAGACAUUGGAAUAGGUUGCGGGGACGCAAAGCUUCCCCCAAAUAAGAAUUUAACAAUCUUCAGGCCAAAUUGGGAAGGGAAGUGAAGAGAAAAAUAUGGACGGGCAGUGGUGCGUGGUGCAGGAUCCAGUGAGGUGUGCUCCCUGCACUGGUCCCCAGGUGCGUUUAUGGCAACCCACAACUCUAAAAGGGGCGUAUGCUGAGGGGGGAGCCAGCGCAAAUUACACCGGCCCGGUGGCUCUCGGAAGAAAGACCGAGUCAUGUCGCGUAAAGAAUUUUAGUCGGUCUGCCUUAGCUUUAGGGGUGGAGGGACCCGCAAUGAAAUACGAACUUCUUUUCUUAAGAGGACCAAAUCCGCCUUGAACGUCCCAAAUCACCAACUUGCAGCCGCCUUAAAACCCAAGAGAGAAUAUAUUGGCCACGCCCCUUCCCGGGUGGGGCUCGGAGUGUAAUACAGCCUAAAGCCCCGCCUUUUCCCUGGAGCUCCGCCUCAUCCCCCGCGCAGGCGUAACACAAAUUUUCCCGCCUCCUGCGCUGUGCGCAGACCUGACGUCUGACGUAAUGGCGUCGACGCCAUUUUAGCCGGUCCCAUUCCGCACUGGGCGUGGCGGCCAUUUUGUUUUGGAGAGCGAGCGGGAGUUGGCGGCAGCGGCUGUGGUGAAAGGCAGGAAAGGGCACGCCGGGCGAGCAGGCGAACCGGCCGACCGGACAGCCACCCAGCAUCAACGAACUAACCUAGCAUUCUACCGUUUAACACAUACAACCAACCGCCCACCAAGUUAAUCCGAGCCCCUCCACCGUCAACUCAGGUUCGGCCGGCCCCCGGCCAGCCUGUCGCAGCCGUGGUGGCAACCCCGGGAGGAGCACUGGCGUCCGUUUCCUUCGAUUCUCGGGAUUUGAAGAUGGCUGCACAGUCAGCACCGAAAGUUGUGCUAAAAAGCACCACCAAGAUGUCUCUAAAUGAGCGCUUUACUAAUAUGCUGAAGAACAAACAACCGAUGCCAGUGAAUAUUCGGGCUUCGAUGCAGCAACAACAGCAGCUAGCCAGUGCCAGAAACAGAAGACUGGCCCAGCAGAUGGAGAAUAGACCCUCUGUCCAGGCAGCAUUAAAACUUAAGCAGACUUUAUAUGCAAGUCCGGACAGUGGCUGUGGAAGGAUAUGUCCAAGCUGUGGCUGGGCGUCUGGAGGGCGGUGCCAUGCAACUAAGAGCUUAAAGCAGCGCCUGGGUAAGAGUAACAUCCAGGCACGGUUAGGCCGACCCAUAGGGGCCCUGGCCAGGGGAGCAAUCGGAGGACGAGGCCUGCCCAUUAUCCAGAGAGGCUUGCCCAGAGGAGGACUACGUGGGGGACGUGCCACAAGAACCCUACUUAGGGGCGGGAUGUCGCUCCGAGGUCAAAACCUGCUCCGAGGUGGACGAGCCGUAGCUCCCCGAAUGGGCUUAAGAAGAGGUGGUGUUCGAGGUCGUGGAGGUCCUGGGAGAGGGGGCCUAGGGCGUGGAGCUAUGGGUCGUGGCGGAAUCGGUGGUAGAGGUCGGGGUAUGAUAGGCCGGGGAAGAGGGGGCUUUGGAGGCCGAGGCCGUGGACGUGGACGAGGGAGAGGUGCCCUUGCUCGCCCUGUACUGACCAAGGAGCAGCUGGACAACCAAUUGGAUGCAUACAUGUCGAAAACUAAAGGACACUUGGAUGCUGAGUUGGAUGCCUACAUGGCACAGACAGAUCCUGAAACCAAUGAUUGAAGCCUGCUCGCCCUCCUGUGAGACUCUUGUUCUAGUCACACAUCUGUAAAUAACCUUGAGAUAACAGAUGGGAAGAAACCUGAUUGAUGCUGGAAGGACCUAUCAUAAUAGGCUGUGGACUGACUUGCCACAAGUUUGUGCAUUUAGUGUGUUCCUUUUACUUUUUGAUACUGUGUUGUAUGAAACACUUUUUUCCUCUGACUUGGGUUUUGUUUUGUUGUAUUGUUUGAGGUGGGUUUUGGUUUUUGAUUUUUUUUUUUUUUUCCUUUGCCCAGACUUAUCUUUGAACACAAAUGUGUUGGCCUUAUGGCUAGUAUACCCUUUUCUCGCCUCUGCCUCCCCCUCACCUGUCACAUACUUUGACAUUCUAACAUUUUUUCUGUUCAUCUCUGUGCCCCCAUGAAAAAGUCCCAGAAAGAGCCCUUCGGUGUUCCUCCUUAAUGUGUAGGUUUAUGAGAUAUAGUUUUGCAUCAUUUUUAAUAGCCUCCUUUAGAGGCUUUUAAAAUCUGGAGCUCAAAAAUGCAUUCUGCCACAUUGAUGUUUUUAGUAUGGUAAAUGAGGAACCUUGACAUAGCUACAGGGCCACCUAACAGGUUACACCUGGUAGCUCUGAUUUGAUUAUGGGUAUCACAGUGUACAUUUGCACCACAUAAGCAAUAUGCUGGUUUGGUAUGUGCACUUUCUACCCUGGAAUGGGACUUAAAAACUUUCCUCUUGGCUUUGCAUCAUAUCCAAGGGGUACUUUGGGGUUGGCUUACGCCUGCAAAAGGACAGAGGAAGGCCAUUUGGUUUGGCAGAUGCUUCAGAAGGGAAAGGGCUGGAAAAUGAUGGCAGGUGUCUGGUGGGAAGGAUCAGAAAAUAUCCCUGCUGAGAUGCUAUUAUCCCUGUGUUUAUACUGAGACUAGUCUUGGGCUUCUCCAUUCAUUGGUUUUGUUUGACCCUCAUCUUAUUCCCCUUGAAGGUUUAGUUAAGUUCAGCCGUAUUCUGUCAAGUGUUCCAGUGGAAGCUUUUGUUUCUGGUUGAUUAUAACAAGAAAUAUGUUCUCUCAAAUCCA